UCACCCACUACCUGACCAUUGCAGCUAGCAGCGAAAUGAAGUUCCUCACCGCCAAGGAGGUGCGCGAUGCCUAUCUGGGCUUCUUCAAGGAGCAGCAGCACAUCUAUGUCCACUCAUCGAGCACCAUUCCCCUGGAUGAUCCCACGCUGCUGUUCGCCAACGCGGGGAUGAACCAGUUCAAACCCAUCUUCCUGGGCACCGCCGAUCCCAACAGCGAGAUGUCCAAGUGGGUGCGCGUGGCCAACACGCAGAAGUGCAUCCGUGCCGGCGGCAAGCACAACGAUCUGGAUGAUGUGGGCAAGGAUGUCUACCAUCACACCUUCUUCGAGAUGCUGGGCAAUUGGUCCUUUGGCGACUACUUCAAGAAGGAGAUCUGCUCGUGGGCCUGGGAGUUCCUCACCCAGCGCCUCAGCCUGCCCAAGGAUCGCCUGUAUGUGACGUACUUUGGGGGAGAUGAGGCUAGCGGUCUGGAACCCGAUCUGGAGUGCAAGCAGUUGUGGCUGGACUUGGGCCUCAAGCCGGAGCACAUCCUGCCGGGCAGCAUGAAGGAUAACUUCUGGGAGAUGGGCGAAACGGGACCCUGCGGACCCUGCUCCGAGCUGCACUUUGACCGGAUUGGUGGGCGCAGCGUCCCAGAGCUGGUCAACAUGGACGAUCCGGAUGUUUUGGAGAUCUGGAAUCUGGUGUUCAUCCAGUACAACCGCGAAUCCGAUGGUAGUUUGAAGCAGCUGCCCAGGAAGCACAUCGAUUGCGGCAUGGGUUUCGAGCGUUUGGUGUCCGUCAUUCAGAACAAGCGCUCCAACUACGACACGGAUCUUUUUGUGCCCCUCUUCGAGGCCAUCCAGGCGGGCACUGGUGCCCCAGCUUACCAGGGACGCGUGGGCGCCGACGAUGUGGACGGCAUUGACAUGGCCUACCGCGUGCUCGCCGAUCACGCCCGCACCAUCACCAUUGCCCUCGCCGAUGGCGGCACUCCGGAUAACACUGGUCGCGGUUAUGUCCUGCGACGCAUCCUUCGUCGCGCUGUGCGCUAUGCCACUGAGAAGCUGAAUGCCAAGCCCGGUUUCUUUGCCACCCUUGUAAACACCGUGGUGGAUCUGCUGGGCGAUGCCUUCCCAGAGGUGAAGAAGGAUCCGCAACACAUCAUUGACAUUAUCAACGAGGAGGAGUUGCAGUUCCUCAAGACUCUAACGCGCGGACGCAACCUGCUCAACCGCACCAUUGAAAAGUUGGGCAAUCAGACCACCAUUCCCGGCGAUGUUGCCUGGCGUCUGUACGAUACCUACGGCUUCCCAGUCGAUCUUACCCAGCUGAUGGCCGAGGAGAAGUCCCUCAAAAUCGACAUGGAUGGCUACGAGGCCGCCAAGCAGAAUUCCUAUGUGCUAUCGCAGGGCAAGGGUGCCAGCAAGAUCGAGGAGAUCAAUCUGGAUGUGCACGCCAUUUCGCAGUUGCAGGAUCAGGGAGUGCCGCCCACCAACGACUCCUUCAAGUACAAAUACGAGGCUGUGUCGGAGGAGCGUGACUCUGCCUAUAACUACGGUGUGUGCAGCAGCAAGAUCGUCGCCCUGCGUUUCGAGAAUCAGUUUGUGAACGAAAUCAGCAGCGGCCAGAAGGCAGGCAUCGUGCUGGACAACACAAACUUCUAUGCGGAGAGCGGUGGUCAGAUUUACGAUCAAGGUGCUUUGGUUAAGGUCAACGACGAGGCCAACGAAUUCCUGGUGGAUCGCGUUUAUAAUCGAGGAGGCUACAUCCUUCACAUCGGCGUCGUAGAGGGCACACUAAAACUGGGCGAUGAGCUGGAACUGCAUAUCGAUGUGGAGCGCCGCUGGCUGACUAUGAAGAACCACUCGGCCACGCAUGCACUCAACCACUGUUUGCUGCAAGUCCUCGGCAAGGACACCGAGCAGAAGGGCUCGCUGGUGGUGCCAGAGAAGCUGCGCUUCGACUUCAACAGCAAGGGUGCCAUGACCAUCGAGCAGGUGGCCAAAACGGAGCAGCUGACCAAGGAGAUGGUGUACAAGAAUGUGCCCAUCUACGCCAAGGAGUCGCAAUUGGCGCUGGCGAAGAAGAUCCGUGGAUUGCGCUCUGUCUUCGACGAGGUUUACCCGGAUCCCGUGAGGGUAAUCUCCUUCGGCGUCUCUGUGGACGAACUGGAGCAGAAUCCCGACUCCGGGGCCGGCGAACAGACCUCCGUGGAGUUCUGCGGCGGCACGCAUCUCAGGCGAUCGGGCCACAUCAUGGACUUUGUCAUCAGCAGCGAAGAGGCCAUUGCCAAGGGCAUCCGACGCAUUGUGGCUCUCACCGGGCCCGAAGCUCUCAAGGCGCUCAAGAAAUCGGAGGCUUUCGAAAAGGAAAUCAUCCAGCUGAAGGCCACCAUCGAUGCCGAUCAGUCGGGCAAGGACUCCAAGUCGCAUGUCAAGGAGAUUGUCGACCUCACAGAACAGAUCUCGCAUGCCACGAUUCCAUACGUGAAGAAGGAUGAAAUGCGUAAUUUGCUGAAGGGCUUGAAGAAGACUUUGGACGACAAGGAGCGUGCCCUGCGCGCCGCCGUCUCGGUGACCGUCGUGGAGCGCGCUAAGGCGCUGUGCGAGGCCAAUCCCGAGGCCACCGUGCUAGUCGAGCAGCUGGAGGCCUUUAACAACACCAAGGCACUGGAUGCCGCACUCAAGCAGGUGCGCAGCCAGCUGCCCGAUGCCGCUGCCAUGUUCUUGUCCGUGGACGUGGACUCCAAGAAGAUCUUCUGCCUCAGUUCGGUGCCCAAGAGUGCCGUGGCGAAGGGCCUGAAGGCGAACGAGUGGGUGCAGCACGUUUCCGCCACGCUGGGCGGCAAGGGAGGCGGCAAACCGGAGUCCGCCCAGGCCUCGGGCACAAAUUACGAAAAGGUGGACGAGAUUGUCCAGCUGGCCAGCAAGUUUGCCCAGUCGAAGUUGUCUUAA